UGAAUGAUGGCUUAUUCAGGAGCUAAAGAAGAUGGAAGAGAGGUGAAGAUUUACGAGUAUUUGGAUGAACUAAGUACUGAUCUAGCAGAGUAUAUAUCAGAACUAUCAGAAGCUUCUGUGAAAGAGAGGGGAGUAUUUGCCAUCGCGUUAUCUGGUGGAUCGCUCAUUAGUUUAAUUAGAAAACUAUGUGAAGCACCUUACAGCAAGACUGUUGAUUGGUCCAAAUGGUAUAUAUUUUGGGUGGACGAACGUGUUGUGGCGAAGAAUCAUGCUGAUAGUAAUUACAAGCUAGCCAAAGAUGGAUUUUUGUCUAAGGUACCUAUAGUUCCAAGCCACGUACAUUCGAUCAACGACACAGUAUCAGCUGAGAAGGCAGCUGAAGACUAUGAGUUUGUAAUUAGACAGCUUGUAAGGACUCGUGUAAUCAGCGUUUCUGAUGUUAGCGACUGCCCCAAGUUUGACCUCAUCCUACUCGGGAUGGGACCUGACGGUCACAUUGCAUCUCUAUUCCCUGAUCACUCCAUACUCGAUGAGAAAGACGAAUGGGUGACUUUUGUAACUGACUCACCUAAGCCUCCUCCGGAGAGGAUAACUUUUACUUUGCCUGUCAUUAACUCUGCUUCUAAUGUGGCUGUGGUUGUAACUGGAAGCAGCAAAGCAGAGGCUGCACAUUUGGCAAUUGAUGAUGUCGGGCCUGACGUUCCGUCAUCACCUGCAAAGAUGGUCCAGCCAACUAAAGGGAAAUUAAUAUGGUAUCUGGAUAAAGCAGCUGCCUCAAAACUAGAUUGCACAAAAUGUUCAGAGUAGGGCCAGGGUUACAAGUUCCCUUGUCAACAAAAUGUACAACUGUAUGGGGCACAAAGCAUGUGGAACUUAGUACAUUCUUAUCUUUUGUCAGGAUUUUGUAGUUC